AUGUCUUUUCAGAAAGAUGUCCUAAGAACUGCAAUUCAGGCAGCUCUGAAAACCACCUGUCUCUUACAGAUGGGAGUUGGGUCUCUGGUCAAUGUCAUCCUUUUCUUCCACAACAUCUCUCCACUCUUGUCUGGACACAAGCAGAGACCCACAGACAUGAUUCUCACCCACAUGGCCCUGGCCAAUCUCUUGGUUCUUCUCUCCUCUGGGAUCCCCCACACAAUGACAGCUUUUGUUUCAAGUAAGCCCCUGUCCAUUCUAGGGUGUAAACUUGUAUAUUACAUACACAGAGUGGCCCGCAGCACCGCCCUGUGCUCCACCUGUGUCCUGAGCACCUACCAGUCCUUCACCGUCACCCCCAGGAGUGAAGGGAGGUCAUUGCUUAGAAGAGCCCCGAGGGUCACAGACUCUUCCUGUUGGAUCUGCUGGAUAUUCAGUGCCUUAGUGAAUAUUUGUGUUCCUGUGAACAUCAGUGGCCCACAGGACACGCACAACUAUUCUGAUACUCAAGGCAGGUGGUUCUGCACAUCCUUGGUUCAUAUAUCAGGCUUUACGUUCUUGUGGUCUGUCUCAGAUGCCAUAUUUAUUAGCCUCAUGAUCUGGUCCAGUGGCUCCAUGGUGCUGCUUCUGCACAGACACCACCAGAAAAUGAAGUAUAUUCACACCCGCACUGGACACCACAGAUGCCCCCCAGAGACCAGAGCCACCCACACGAUCCUGAUGCUGGUGGUCACCUUUGUCAUCUUCUAUGUGCUGAAUUCUAUUUUUGCUUUUUGUAUUAGUGCUUUUCACGAUUUUCGCCUAUGGUUGCUGCAGACCUCUAGUGUCUUAGUUUCAUGUUUUCCCACUGUUUCCCCCUUCCUCUUGCUCCUUAGGGAUCCUAGAGCACCUAGAUUCUGCUCCUGA